GCUGAUCGGGUGAAUGAUGCACCACUAAGCACUGUGGAGAAAGAAGGAGGGGGAAAGUAAAAAAGCGCUCUCCACGGUUCUCUUCCCUGUACCGUGUGUCUGUGGUGGAGGCAGAGGCUGUAGGAGCAGCGAGCGGAACGCGAUUGGAGUUGGAUGCAGAGCCGUGCUCUCUCUCUCUCGCCGUCAAAAGAAGGAUACGUGCUUUUGCAUAUAUGCGCUGCACUCCGUCUCGCUGGCUGACAUGCAGCACGGUGGGGGAUAAAAGGAAUACAUUCAGCACCGUACGCGGCGGACAGCGUUUAUGCUGAUGGAAAUUGACAUGUGACAGUGACAGAAGAUAAGAAAGGCAAGAAGGUAGAGUGGUUUGUCCUCAGAAGAGACCAGCAUACUUCACCCAUCCAUGUGUUCGGCAGCCCUGCUCCCCGAAGGAUACAUUGACCUUCACAUAUUCUGCACGCAUGACAACCUCGUGCAAGGUAAUUGAAAGAUCUCUCCUUUCAGCCAAGGACAACGCGACGGCGAGCCAUAGCUUAGGGGACACCCGUCGGAGGAAAUGUGCGAGGUUCUUGUCCUGGUAACAAACGAUCCAUAAUUUGUGAAGUUAACGGUACUAAACCACUGACUCCGUAAGGACCAAUUACUUACUGAAGGGAAUCGGGCCAAGAUGAAGGAUAUGUCAUUUGUGGUUUGUUUUUUAGUGGGGCUUUCAGUGACUGCCUUUGUUCUUGCCUCAGAGGAGAAAGCUGAUUGCCCUCAGCUGUGUGUGUGUGAAAUCAGACCAUGGUUUUCUCCCAGCUCUAUUUAUAUGGAAGCUCCAACUAUUGACUGUAAUGACUUGGGACUUUUUCUUCUACCUGAGAGAUUACCUGCGGACACCCAGGUCUUGUUGCUCCAGACGAACAGUAUUGCCAAGAUUGAGAAACCCCUGGAUUACCUGCUCAACAUCACCGAGAUAGACUUAUCUCAAAACAAUCUGUCCUCAAUGAGCAAUAUCAACCUGGGACGCCUUCCACAGCUUCUGUCCCUGCACAUGGAGGAGAACUGGAUUCGCACCCUGCCUGACAAUUGCCUCGUCGACCUGACCAGUCUUCAGGAGCUGUAUAUUAACCACAACCUAAUCUCCUUCAUUGCUCCUGGGGCCUUCCUGGGGCUUCGUAACCUCCUGAGACUCCACCUGAACUCAAACAGGCUGCAGAUGAUCAACAGCCAAUGGUUCGAGGCCACCCCUCGGCUGGAGAUCCUGAUGAUUGGAGAAAAUCCAAUCAUUAAAAUCCAAGAUAUGAACUUUAAGCCGCUUAUCAACCUUCGCACCCUGGUCCUGGCGAGAAUGAAUCUGUCAGAAAUGCCGGACCGAGCUUUGGACGGCCUCAACAAUUUGGAGAGCAUCUCGUUUUACGACAACACGUUUAUACAAGUGCCCCACGCCGCUCUGAAAAGAGUCCAGAGCCUUAAGUUUUUGGAUCUUAACAAGAACCCCAUUCAGAGAAUACAGAGGGGUGACUUUAUGGAUAUGCUUCACUUGAAAGAGUUGGGGAUAAACAGCAUGCCCGAGCUGGUGUCCAUCGACAGCUUUGCUCUGAAUAACUUGCCUGAGUUGACAAAAAUUGAGGCAACAAACAACCCUAAACUGUCGUACAUUCACCCCAACGCUUUCUACAAGCUGCCCAAGCUGGAGACGCUAAUGCUAAACAGCAAUGCCCUCAGCGCCCUGCAUCGGAUUACAGUUGAAUCUCUGCCAAAUCUCAGGGAGGUGAGCAUGCACAGCAAUCCCAUCCGCUGCGACUGCGUUGUCCGCUGGAUAAAUAUGAACAAAACCCGCAUCCGCUUUAUGGAGCCCGAGUCUUUGUUCUGCGCCGAGCCGCCAGAGUACGAGGGCCAGCGGGUCAGGCAGGUCCAUUUCAGGGAGAUGAUGGAGAUCUGCCUCCCGCUCAUCUCGCCCGAGAGCCUGCCCCGGCGUGUCAGGGCAGACAACGGGAGCUCGAUUUCCCUGCACUGCCGGGCCUUCGCAGAACCCGAGCCGGACAUCUACUGGAUCACGCCUUCGGGGGACCGCGUCCUGCCCAACACUGUCUCAGAAAAGUACCGCAUGUACCCUGAGGGCACCUUUGACAUCUACGACGUGACAGAGCGUGAGGCCGGGCUGUACACCUGCGUCGCGCACAACCUUGUCGGAGCGGACCUCAAAUCAGUUUUGGUUGAGGUCAAUGGCUACUUCCCGCAGCCCGUAAAUGGGUCACUGAAAAUAAACAUCAAAUCUGUGCAGCCAGACUCCGUACUGGUUUCUUGGAAGGCCUCCCAAGGCAGCCUGGCCCCGAAUAUUAAGUGGUCCACCACGUCGACGGCGGACCUUCCCGCCAUGGCGUUCGCUGCGAGAGUGCCGUCCGACGUGAAGGUGUACAAUCUAACACGUCUGAGCCCCUCUACCCAAUACGAGGUGUGUGUCGACAUUCCCAGCAUCCACCACAAACGCAGCAGGAAAUGUGUCAAUGUCACCACUAAAGGGCUCGAGCUUGCUGUAAAAAAUAACGAGGCGUGGGACACAACGGUGAUUGCUGUUAUUGCCGUGCUUCUUGGUGUGAUUUCUGUGGCCUGUUCGCUCAUUUCUGUGUCCCUGAGGAAGCAGCACUCUUUUGGCGACUUGAGAAAAUCUCAGUUGAAACCCUCCCUGAGUCCUGUGGGGGGGCUGUACUCUCCUUUGACAAGGCUUUUCCUUUCUGGUAAAGGCUUGUCCGCCGCAGUGGAAGUUAAAGCCACAGUUAUCGACGUAUCAAACAAUUCCUAAAAAAAAACGUUUUAUUAUAAUAUUGUGGGCUACCUACAAAAAAAACAAGAAAACAAAACAAACAGGAAAAAAUGAGGACAAUGAUCAAGGCGAUAGGGCGAAGCAAACAGGACUACGUGAACUGUGCGUACGCAACCACGUAACAGUGCUACAUACAUGUUGCCUUGACGCAGACAUUCUGAAACAUCGCAAGAUAAAUUCAGGGGGUCCACGCAUCAUGAGUGGAGAUGUCAUGUGCUUACAGUGCCCAAGAAGUGGUUUUACAGAGAACAUAUCUCACAGGUUACUGAUGUGCCACACAAUAUGAAUGUGAUAUUGCAGGGUACAGGCCAUUUAUACAAUGUAAACGCAUCAAAGAGGAGAAGGAAGUGUUGUCUCUGUUAUUGACUGUUAUACUGUACAUGUAAAGAGUUGUGGAACUAUCCUUGUGGUCCCCGAGCAAUACCCUCUGUGCUGUAUUACAUACACUGAGAUAGAAAUGCCACCUGUGGUGUUUAUG